GUAUUUACUUCUUCUGUACGGAGUAGCAAGACGACGAUCGUAGUACAACUGUCGUAUCAGCCCAUGAACCCCUUCGACAGCUGAGGCAGGGAUGUAACCAACAUGCAGAAAAAUAGAGUUUGAGUUUGAUUAGCCAAAACUGCCAACCUUGAACUUUAUCAGAGCAAAAGAUCCAGUCACGAAAUGAGCUUAGCAUGGAAUUGUCAGUUGCGUGAUAUGGAAGGAGGAAACUUGCUGGUGAGACCGCCACCAGAGGGAGAGAAGAAGGACGUUGAGAGAGAUGGUGUUGUCAGUUUUACUUAAGACCUUUGCAAUACCGACAGCCAACAAACUGUUGUUGGUUCUGUGUUUUCAAUCCCAGUUACUGCUGAAGCAGGGCAUCGCUUCCUUUUAUUCCAUUCACUUCACUCAUUUUAUUACCCCAUUUCCCCCGUCUGCCGAUCGAUCUCUAUCCCCGUCCCAACACCGCAGCGAAAUGACAUGGCCGAAAUCAACACCAAAAGCGGCGCCGUCGCAAUCGUGAUCUGCGUCUUUAUCAGCAUCGCAUUCUACAAUGUCCUCGAGCUCAAUGCCUACAUCUUCAGCAGCUUCAAGAAGCGCAGCGGACUUUACUUCUGGAGUUUAGUCAUUGCGACUUGGGGUAUUGCCUUCAAUGGAACGGGUUACCUUAUCCUACACCUGUCGCUGUCGGCGCAGACGUAUCUUUACUCGACGCUUAUACUCAUUGGAUGGUGUACUAUGAUCACGGGACAGUCUGUUGUUUUAUAUUCGCGGUUGCACAUUGUUAUGCAUAAUCAGAAGAGGUUGAGGAUGGUGUUGUAUAUGAUCAUCUUCAAUGCCACCUGGUUGCAUCUCCCUGUAAUCAUCCUUGUUUACGGCGUCGGAUCGUCGAACCCGAAACCUUUUCAGAAACCUUACGAGGUUUUUGAGAAGAUCCAACUCAGCGUUUUCUUUGUCCAAGAGCUCAUCAUCUCGGGCUUGUACGUCUGGGAGACAACCAAACGCCUCAGAUUGGAGAAGAGCGUCGGCAACACCAAGACGCGUAUGGUAUUGAACCAUCUCCUCAUCGUCAACGUCCUCGUCAUUCUUCUCGACGUCUCCAUCCUCGCCCUCGAAUUCGCGAACCUAUUCGACAUCCAGACCGCCUGGAAGCCACUCGUAUACAGCGUCAAGCUCAAGCUCGAGUUCAGCAUCCUCAACCGUCUCGUCGAACUUACCCGCGGAAGAAACGAAAGUUCUUACGGUCGCAGUCACAAUGCCACACACCAUGACGACGUCGGCUUGGAGACGUUGAAUCGCGACCGGCGGAAGCAUACUGGGCCUCAGGGAACGAUUACUGGAGAGUAUGAGGUUCGCGUUGGGAAGGGUGAAGAGAGCCAUCGUGUAUUCGGCAAUGAGUCGAGUCUGGUCAAGACAACAGAGAUAUCAGUCCAUAGCGAGAGAUAUCCGGGUCAUGGUGAUCACGACAGGGGUAGUUUGGAGGGAGAAGGAUCGGGUGAUCUGCAGCAUGUACCGAGAGGAAGUGCAUCGUCGGCGUCUUCUGAAGUACAAUUCGCCAAGUACGGCAACUAAGAUAAGAUAAUAAUACAGCGUUUGUCAUCUGCAUUACCAUUGUCGGAGUAUGAAGUCAUUGCGAUGACGUGAUUGUUACUCGGGCGUGACAGGGUUUCUCGACGAAUUAACAUAUCGCAGCAACUAGACUAUUGCUGUUG